AUGGAAGAAGAAUUGCUUCGCGCCAAGGAGGCCGAAUUUCUGGCCGCUAUCGCCCCUCCACCGUCAAUUGAAGAGCCGACUCCCUUAGCCAAAAUACCCAGCUCUUCUGGGCUUCAUGAGACUCCAGGAGGUUCUUCUAGGGAUCCUGCUGCGCAGAUCCUCCCUGAUCCUGCUCCCGCUAUUACGUCUCCCGCAGCUGUUACUGUCUCCCCAUCUGCCUCUAUUUCUCUUGUUGAGCUUACAUCCCCUGGUAGCUCUGAUAAACCCCUAACUGAGAUUUCUACGGGCAAGCAUCCGGGACGCAAGCUGACCAGGGCUCCUCCUCCAAAAAGGAGUCUCAUUCUUACUACUGAUGAGCUUGCUUCAGAAGAUUUUGUUUCCUGGGAUGAGGUGCGUCCCCUCUAUGAGGGGCUUUCCAUUCCUGAAGCGAUUGACCGCUUUUCUAAUAAAGAGAAUAAGUGGUGGCUAGAGAACAUGGGUUUCUCCCGACUAUUGCACAAUCUGUACACUGAGAACGAAAAGUUGAAGUCGGAGAACAAAGGGUUGCGACAACAAGUUACCGAACUGUCUUUUGCCGAGUUUUCUACUGCCGCCAAGAAGCAAUUUGAAACUCAAAUUGAGAGUCUUGAAGCCCAAUUCAAAUUGGAACAAGAGCAACGGAAAGCUCAAGAGAUUGAAUUGUCAUCGCUUCAAAAGGAAUUGGAGCAGCUUAGAUCAGAGAAGAAUGCUCUGACAGCUCAGAACGCCAAGCUACAAGCUGAUUUUCAAAGUUAUAAGGAGCAGGAAAAAAGUCGGUGGGAAGAAUGGCGGCAAGCUUACUUAAAGUCACCAGCAUUUACCCGGGAAUUUGUUCGCAGGAUACUAAAAGAGGGUGGAUAUCUACCCAGAGAACCUCCCCUCUCUUUGAUAAAUCGCCGCAGGCUUAAUGAAGAACUACCCUCAGAUUGGAAAGGUCCUUUCCCGAAUGUUUAA